AUGGCCAGCGGCGACGCCGGCGCCACAUACGCAGCACCCGGCGGGUAUGCUGGCCGGGAGGAGGCGGCCGGCGAGGCGAGCUCCGCCCCUGCGGCCCUCAACUGGCCGGGGCGGAGGAGGCCGCGGCGCAGCGCGACCAUGGAGCUGCUUCGCGCUGCUCGGCGAAACGAGGACGAGCAGCGCGAGGCGAUGCUUCCCGACGACGUGCCGAUGCUGCUGCCGCACGGCGCUAAGCACUGUCUCGAGGGCGCUGCGCGAGGCCUCCACCCGACCGUUCGGUGGACGAUCGGGUUCGGCGAGUGGCUGGCGUUGACGCGAAUUCGUGAGUCGAAGGCCAGCCGCUGGCUCGCUCGUUUUCUAUACAUUUUGUUGUAA